CAGAAGUAGGUAGGUAAACCCGAUGCGAACUUUCUAAACGCCCUGUAUACAAACGAUUUCCCAAUGGUAGGGGAACCACCGGUCUCGCUCUCUCUCUCUUUCUCUCUCUUUUUCUCUCACCAACUAGGCCUAUCCGUGUGUGCCCGAGAGUCAUACAAUGGCCGCCGUGAGCCAACGUGUUGCGCGCCUCGAGUAUUAAUCGUCCUCAAUUUUCUCGUCUUAAUUUGCCGGCUGAGAGACGCCUACGAAAAAAAAGAUGCACGACGCUCCGCCGCGGUGGUAUCAUUCGGCGCGAGUCCGUUCGACAGCGUGCUCCGAUAAACGACGCCCGCGUCGUCCUGACAUAUCGUCAUCGCGUACGCUCCUCGACGAAAACACAGUGGCCGUCGACACGCGACCGACUGCAUACGGGUACAUUACGUCGUUGGAACGCGGUUGCUAAACCUUCACGAAGACUUCGACGACAAUCGAAACGAACGUUGCCUUAAUAUUGUACUAUGUUAUUCAUAGUGCGCGUUCUCAAUUAGAGACGUUAUCCGUUAGAUCAGUGCAUUCAUGUCCCCUGGUGUUAUUAUGUAUCCUGUGUAUAUAUCGCUCGCUUAAGGAAGACAAUGAAUUAGAAAAUAUAUGCCAGUGCUAUGGCAUAUAUUGCGCAUUCGAUGUUUAAGAAUCGACUAAUGGACUGACGUAUUUAUGAUUCGGCUGUCCCAAAGAAGAGACAAUGGCGACGAAAGUAGAGGAGACUCCCUCGCCUCCAACGGGGUCUCCUUGGUACGGCAAGAUUUUCGAAUGUUGGAGGAGUCGUAGUCGAAUUAGUCCCGGAAGAAUCGAGCUACCCGACUGCGAUUUCUUCAUCGUGGCACCGCGACGUACGUUGCGCGUCCUGAAACCGUCCCUGAAGAGCAUCUGGUAUUACGAGAGCACGGCGAUCGACCGGCCGGAAUCGGUCAACGACAAUUUCUUCGCCCGAUGGACCAGGAGGCCGCAUCCGUCCGGAAACUGUAGGUGCUCCUUCCGUCAAUCCAACGCGACGUUGAGCACGACCGAGGAACAAAUCAUAUCCGCGGAACUGAAUCGCAUCCGAACGAGUCUUUGCGAGGGCGAGAAGAACGCGCGGGAUCUCGAGGAACUGGAGCAAAAAGUUUCGGUGAAUCUACAAAAAUUACGGGACAACGCGGUCGCUGAUCGCAUAAAUGAGGCGAAUGAGACGACGGUGCCUUCGACACUAACGGAUCGCCAGUCAUUCGAGCAAAAUGCGAAGCAACAAAUCGUUAAAGAUUUAGAAAGGUAUAUCAACACACUUCUGGAAGAAGUAUUGGAUGACACCGUUAAACAUGUAACUAGAAUGGAAAAAAAUGAUGUUCAACAUCCUUGGCAUAAAACGAAAAAUAAUUUAAAAUCACAGUCUAAUAAACUAGAAGAUGAAAUUUCGAUAAAGAGAGACAAAGAUGAUUCUUUUAUCGAUAUUAAUUCCCGUGUUCCUAUAAAUAAGACGCAAUGGAGUGCAGAAAACGAAUGUAAGAAACAAUUCGCUAGAGUUUCAGUAGGCGAGGGUUAUGUGAAUCCUGCUUUUGUCGAUUCGACAGAUGAAUUAGCUUCUUUGGACUUUGAUCAGUCUGCAAAAAAACGCGCCGACUUGUACUUUGGAAUGUCGGGAAAUACCGAGAGCAUCGCUCCGGAAAAAUUAGACUGCGUGGAUUCCGGAAUAAAUAGCGUGGAAACGAUCGAAUUUCAAUUACUUGACCAAGAACCCAGCUUCGAGCAAUCCCUUUUACGAAUGAUUGAUGAAAAAUUGGGAAGAGAUCCUCUGACGAAUAAUUCGGAGGAGGAUAAUUCUGAGAAAAAUUUGCGAAAAGCAAUUUCCGAAAUGAAUUCUCAGGAGACUGUACAAACUUCGUCCAAUCUUGAAAUAUUAUCAACUGAUCCCGACAAAGUGGAGUAUCACGAGGAUAUUAUCAACACAGAAACUAAUUUCGAGAAACUACGCUUGGAAUUUCAAAGUAACGGCACGCCUCUGAAUGAUGGAAGUCGAUCGAAACUCGAUACGAAAUUAACGGAAACCACUUCUAUCGAGCUGAAGGAUUAUAGAAAAGAAUGGACGGAAUUCGAUAGUAUUUCUUCACGAGAAAAUACUCGUCGAAGUCUUCGCGAUUCGAUAAUGUUUCGAAGAAACAGAAAACCAACCAUAGUCUUUCUACACGGCUUCGGUUCCUCGGCAGAGAUCUUUGAACAUCAGCUCCAAUAUUUCUCUUCCCAUGGUUAUCCUUGCAUCGCUCCCGAUAUGCUUGGACACGGAAUGAGUUCAGCUCCCGGACGGUCUAGAGAUUAUCAUUUUAGCAAAUUACUCAAAGACUUGGACGCUAUUCUACAUCAUUACGCUUUCAAGUCCGGGGAAAAGUGCGUUUUGGUGGCACAUAAUUACGGAUGCAGCUUCGCUACGGCAUUAGCUUGUAAAUAUGAUAGCAAUAUUCACCAGCUAGUGCUAAUAUCGGGCGGUGGGCCGACUCCUCUGGCCCCUCCGAGUACGGAAUGCGCGGGGCAUUGCUGUCUCAGGGCGAUUCUCGCACCUUUUUUAAUGUGCGGUCUUCAUCGAGAUAUCCUAUAUUCCGCGCGAGGCCGCCAACAUCCUUAUUGCGGUCACGAAUCGACGGAACAGUGGCCUUCUCACAUGAAAUACAUAUUGAACGGUAUGAUCUGGCCGCAGGGUGACUACGCUUUUCACAGAAAGAUAUGCACACCGACGCUUCUAGUGCACGGAUUAAGGGACAAUAAAGUUUCGCUGGUGCAGGAAUGUCAAAUGGAAAGAACGAUGGUGAAAGCUUUCCUUGAAGCUAUUCCAAUGGCUGGUCAUAGUCCGAUGACCGAAUGCCCUCAGCAGCUAAAUCAUAUGAUACAUUGUUUUAUAGAUUUAUGGAAAAACAAAAAAUGGCAGCAGUGAUAUUAUGUGCUAAUUUCAAUCUAGA